AAAUGGAGGUCGUAGUGGUAUCCAAGGAAUUCGUGAAACCAUAUAGUCCCACACCGAACCACCUCAAAAUCCAUAAGCUGUCCCUUCUUGAUCAGUUCAUGCCUACUGCUUACGUUCCCUUGGUCCUUUUCUACACCAUCGAAGAAGCUGAUCGAGCCGCCACAACACCCUUACGCAUGGUACAACUACUGAAGCAAUCUCUGUCCGAAACUCUACCGCUGUUCUAUCCCUUGGCGGGGAAGAUCAACGGCGACGGCCUCUCCAUUGAGUGCGAUGAUGAUGGCGUUCUCCUUGUUGAGGCCAGGGCCGAGUUUGCCCCAUCGCGGCUACUCCACCAGCCAGACUUUGAAACGGUCAGGAAAUUCCUGCCUUGCGCCGCUGCAUGGAGGAGAACAGAAGUGGGAGAUCGUGUGGCGAUGGUUCAAGUGACGGCCUUCCCCUGCGGCGGAGUUGUGGUCGGCGUGCUCAUCUCGCACACCGCAGCCGACGGGGCCUCUUUCUCCACUUUCCUCAAAGGUUGGGCAGCCGCGGCCCGCAAAACCGGCGAAGCACCGCGUCCCAGCUUUGAUGCGCCCACUUUGUUCAUCCAAAACAAAGCAUUCUCCGAGGAGGAUACCUUCUUUGGCAUGUGUCCUGUCAACAGAGGCAGGUAUGGUACAAGGAGACUCGUGUUCGACGCGUCGGCCAUGGCAAGACUCAAGGCCAAAACAGCUAAUGUGGGAGUGCAAAACCCGACUCGCGCCGAAGUCGUCACGGCUUUGAUGUGCAAAUCACUGACGGCCACAAUGACCAAGGUAUCCGGCCUCGACAAGCCGGUGGUGUUUCCCAACGCCGUGAACCUCCGCAGAAGAGCCGUCCCGAAUUUCCACGAUGACUCAAUGGGGAACUAUGUAUGGCUGCCAACUAUCCUAUGCCAGCUCGAAGAGAAGGAUUAUGACGGCCUGCCCAGCCUCAUUGGCUGGCUCCGAGAAGCGAAGAGCAAAAUAGACGGCGAAUUCGUGAGAGGCUUGGAAGGCGACGGCGGAUUUAAUGCGCUACAGGACGCCCUUAGGGAAACGAGAGAGUCUCUAGCCCGCACGGAUCGACUCGUAUCGUUCUCGAGCUGGUGCAACUUUGGUCACUACGAGAUCGACUUCGGGUGGGGGAGGCCGGCAUGGGUGAGCCCGGUUGGUUUCCCAGAGGAAUCGGAAAACUUGAUCGGGAACGGUGUGCUUCUGUUGGACACGAGGUGCCGCAAAGGAGUCGAAGCGUGGGUUUUCAUGGACGAACAAGAGCUUGAAGUGCUGGAACAAGACGAGGAGCUGACAGAGUACGCUUCCAUAAAUCCACCUGUUUCGGAGAUCGAGGAUUGAUGAUGGUCUACGGUCUCGUUCUCCAUGAUAUGAGUUCGUUCGAGCCUUUUAAUUUUGUGUUUCGGGUUAC